CAAUUACAAAGUAUUACAAUUAUGCCUGAAUGGAACUGAUGACAUCACAGAUAUAACAAACUUCAUGUACUAGAGAUAUAAGGAUACACACCAGAUAACAAAAAAUAAUUUAAACAACAUUUACAUAACAUAAAUAAAUACGUUGAAGACCUGACAAUAUGGAAAAUAUUCUGAAAGCCACUUUGUGGCUAUUGGGGAUAGUUGCAAUAUGGGAAAUAGAUUGCAUAAAAGCAACAAGCAAAAAUCAAACUGCAAAUCAAAUCAGUACAACUCUGUAUUCAAAAAGUAUAAUUAUGUUCUCGGAAAGCACAACUCAGAAAGACCUGCAACAGAAUUCUUCAAGGACAAUGGACAUGCAAGAAUUCACCGAAGAGACUGGCAUUACCAAAAAUACUUCUAUGAAUGCAUAUACAGACAAGCCAGCCUAUGACCAGGAUCACAAUGAAACAAAUGGUAGGACUCCGCAAAAUGGUACAGGUAGUCAAAAUGUAACCACUGAUCAGUCUACAGCCAAUCAAAGAUGUAACGAGGACAAUGACAUUGCAAGUUUAUAUCCUAAGGAAAUUGCAGAGUUUGCCAGAGCUAUUAUGUUGUGGCUGGCUGGAAUUGUGUGUAUCAUAGGUGUACUAGGAAAUGGACUUUCUAUAACAGUUCUCCACCAUGAUGAAUCCAAAGGGCCCAGUACAUUCUACCUGAAAGCUCUAGCGAUACUGGACUUGCUUUCAUGUUCAACAUAUAUUAUGUUUGACUGUGUACAUUACAUAUAUAGAUAUACAUUUCUAAUGGAUAAAACAUCUGAAGUGACUCAUUAUUAUGAGCGAGGAUACACUUAUACAGGUUUGGCUCGAAUCUACUUUAUGCUAAUUAGCUCCUGGGUUGUUGUUGUCAUGACAUUAGAUAGAUACAUAGCUGUUUGUAAACCACUGAAGGCAGCAAGAUUGUGUACAGUUAAAAGAGCAAAGAUAAGUCUUGCAGUGAUAGUCAUCAUUUCAAUGAUCGUAAUAGUUCCAAGAGCCUUUGAAUUGACAAGUUUCAUGGGGACCCACCCAUGUACAGGCCUUCCUCAGGUCUCUCUAGCCUGGGGGGUUCUGGGUCAGAACCCUGCUUAUAGAAUCGCACAUGUCAUGGUCAUAUAUAGCAUUCUUAUGCUAUCUUUUCCCACAAUCAUAACAGCGAUCUUUAAUGCAUUCAUAAUAUACCAAUUGAAGCAACAAGCAAAAAACCGAAAGUCAAUGAUGAGUACAAAUGCCCAAAUAUCCAAAACAAAGGUUAAAGAUGGAAACCUCACAAAAACCUUAGCGACAGUAUCAACACUGUAUGUCAUUUGUUUUAUGCCACUUCUGGUCUUUUGUAUCUGGGAUGCAUUCUGGUACUUUAAUAUUUGGUCACCAAAGGGAAGUAGUUCACAUAGGGCAAUGUCAUUCUAUUUCCUACCUAUAGUGAAGCUUAUGACAAUUGUCAACUCAAUGGUAAACUUCUUUGUUUAUUUUUUCAUCCGUGAUGGCUUCAGAAAGAGGCUAAUAAAUAUGGUCUUGCCUCAAUGUAUUUUGGCUAAACAACAAUCAUCAAAUGAGAGACCAACUUCAAAAUCUAUAACAAAUGUUGAAACAGUUGUGUCAUCUCUAUAAAUAGACUUGUGAAAGUAUAUGAUAAAAGAGUUAAAUACGCAAGAUACCAGGUGUGAUAAUACUCCAGAUGAAUCAA